AUGAGGACGGAGGUUGCUCUCCAGCUGGGCGUCUGUUGCCUGUGUCUGACUCUAACACUUCUCGCAGAAGGAAUGGGAGAGGAAAUUCAUGAUCCACCGGCAGUGAAUUGUGUUUGGAGCCGCUGGUCAGAGUGGAGUUUGUGUGAUGCUUGCAGGAACACCACAAGGCGUUCUCGAGGUGUAGAAGUGUUUGGUCAGUUUGGUGGCGAGUCCUGCCAGGGAUCACUGGGGGUCAAGAAGUUCUGCAUAACAGAUGCUGUAUGCGAGCGACCUCCUCGCCUCGCGUGCUCUGACUCAGAGUUCCAGUGCGAGUCAGGUUCUUGCAUCAAGAAGAGAUUGAUGUGCAACGGGGACUAUGACUGUGAGGAUGGAUCCGAUGAGGACUGUGAUCCUGUGCAUAAACCCUGUGGUGCGUCAGUCCUGGACAGCAAUGAGCAAGGCAGGACAGCAGGAUACGGAAUCAACAUCUUGGGGGCAGAUCCUCGAAUGAACCCCUUCAACAAUGAUUACUUCAAUGGGAGGUGUGAUCGAGUGAGGAAUCCAAACACUGGGAAGCAUGACAGGGUUCCCUGGAACGUUGGCGUGCUCAACUACCAGACUAUAGUGGAAGAAACCUCCUCGAGAGAGAUUUACGAAGACACACACAGCCUCCUGAGGGAAAUGCUGAAAGAGAUGAGCAGUAAAGUUGAUGCAGGACUUUCCUUCAAAUUCAACCCAUCUGAGCAGUCCCUGUCCGAGACCUCCUCACAGGUUAAUUUAGACUAUCAAUACGAGAAGAAAACCAUGAUCAAGGAGGUUUCCGAGUUGACCACCAUUAAGAACAAGAGCUUCAUGCGGGUGAAGGGAACAGUGCAGCUGAGCACCUACAGGAUGCGCUCCCGUGACUUCAAAACAGCAAAUGAAUUCUUGGAGCAUAUCAAAUUGUUGCCUUUGCAGUAUGAGAAGGGGAUUUAUUUUGCCUUCCUGGAGGACUACGGAACCCACUACACCAAAAAUGGGAAGACUGGCGGGGAAUAUGAGUUGGUCUAUGUUCUCAACCAGGACACCAUACGGGCGCAAAAUCUGACGGACAGAAAGGUUCAAGAAUGUGUCAAAUUAGGCAUCACAGCAGACUUUGGAGGCGCCGAUGGGAUUAAGGGACACGUGAAGGAUGACGACUGUGACGACGUCACCAAUAAAUACCAAGUUGAAAUUAACGGAAAAGCCAUGGUGGACAAGGUGAUGACGUCAGUCAAGGGAGGUACUCUACAAAGUGCGGUUGCUAUGCGGGCUAAACUGAAUAAGGAAGGAGUGAUGGACGUCAGUACGUAUCAGGAGUGGGCCCGCACCAUCGCUGAGGCCCCUGCGCUGCUUACCAGCGAGCCGGAGGCCAUUUAUAUGUUAAUUCCAUUGGAUAUGCCAGACGCUAACGCCAGGAUAUCCAACCUGAAGCAGGCCACAGCAGAAUAUGUGGCAGAGUACAACGUGUGCAAGUGUAAGCCUUGUCAUAACGGAGGAACUCUUGCUCUGCUGAACGGGGAGUGCAUGUGCCUGUGCCCUCACCUGUAUGAAGGCAUAGCCUGCCAGAAUUACAAGAGGGAUCAAGCUAAAAACCCAGGUACGAUACCUACUGUUAACCAGGAAGGUAACUGGUCAUGCUGGUCCAGCUGGUCCAGCUGUAGGGGAGCGAAGCGCAGCCGGACACGCAGCUGCAACACAGACGGGCUCCGUGCAGCCGUGUGCAGAGGAGAAACCAACAGUGAAGACUACUGCUAAACACACACAUCUUACCAAAUCUCCCUCACACACAAUGUACAAACUAUGUCCAAAGAUAAAAGUCAAAAUUCUAGUUUUUUAUGUAUGUGGAUUUAAGGAAAAUAAGACAUGCAGGAUCCGUAGCACACACGUCUUCUGGACUUUUAA